CGGUCGACGGAAACGGCAACGAAUUCAAUGGCACCCGCGCGCAGUCAUUCCGUCCCGCCUUCCGUUGACGUUUUAGGUGCGAUUAUCUCUGAUGCGUACGUUCUAUUUAUAAAUGGAGAUUUCGACUGUAAAAAACACCACAGAAUCGGCACACAUUAGGCCAUGGUCACGACUAUCGUUUUCCGAAUUUGAGGACGAGCACUUGAUCAGUUUUGUUUCCAAGAAUCGCUCACUGUUCGACUCCAGUGCCCAUGACUACAAGGAUAGUAGCGUUAAGGAGAUCAAAUGGGUACAGAUUGCAGCAGCCCUAAAUAGAACCGCCAAACAAUGCAAAGUGAGAUGGAAACACAUUCGUGACUACUAUCGAAAACAAAAGAAAUCUGCCGCGUUUACCAAAUGUACCCAACCAAGGAAAAGGAUGUACGCGGAGAGUUUGAGGUUUUUGGACGAUGCCGAGGCGGAAAAGAAUUGUAUUAAUAAAUGUGAACCGGACGUGGAAUUUUACGUAAAAACCGAGACCGAAUCCGUUACGGACGACGAGACACCGUCAGUCAUUGGUACUAUAGAAGAAGAGGUCUAUAUAGUUGAACCUGAAGAAACCGCAAGUUUACAGUGCAAUGGCGAGUCCCGUUUGGAACCCACGAUAAAGGAGGGAGAGAUGUUUCAGUGUAGCAAAGAAGCGGUAAACAGCGUCAACAAAGUUUUAGAGGCCGGUUUGGAAGGUGACGUCGACUUGUUCUUCAAAGCGAUGGCGGCCACUGUAAAAAAAUUUCCACCUCAUACUCAGGCAAAUGUGAAGUUAAAAGUGUUUCAUAUGAUAUAUGAGGAAGAGAUGAGACAAAUUUCAUUUAGUCCUUCCGUGGUCAAGAGCUAAGCGCUUACCGCGUGUAUAUUUAUUUUACUCUGUAAUUUAGUUUUGUACAUACAGCCAUAUUAGUAGGGAUUAAAUUCGCCAAGUUGGGGAGCUAA